GGAGAAGCUAUUGAGAUCUCAUGUGUGAUAUAUCUCAUAUACUCUCUCUGUGUGUGUGUGUGUGUGUGUGUGUGUGUUCAUGUAUGCCAGCAACGGCUGCAUCGCUCCUUCAUCCCCUUCAUCUUCAUCAGUGAAUUCACAGCAUCGGUGCACGAUCCUGCUCAUCUGUUGCCGUGGUGAUGGGCUGUCGACUGUCAGGGCCGUGGAUGGGCGACGGGAUGGGGGUUCACGGUCAGGACCUGACCCACCUGCAGAAGCGAGAGGCCUUCCGUAUCCUGGCCAGCUACGAGCAGCCAAUCACGCUUCAGAUUGAGGGCCGGGGGCGGAGCCUGCAGUACAACAGGACGACGGACUGCAGCACGCAGACGGAGCGACCGUGGGACCCUCUCCGGCCGCACUCGUGCACCCUACCGCGACUGCCUCCCUCGGACAGGACGUACUACAAUCACAUGACCCUGCCCGGGACCCAUAGAGACGGAAGCAGGUACGAGUACCUACCAAACACGCCCAGAGACCUGGAGCACAGAGAACGCCUGGCCUACAAAGACCAUGAGUUCUCCAGCGGCGUGUCUCCGGCACAGAACUGUCUGAUCGGAUGCUGCAACACCAAUCUGGAGGAACCCAGAAGUUUCCAGAGUCAGACUGAUGACGAUGACUACAUGAUGGAGAAACCCCUGGGUUACCUGCCUCUUCACCAUGAGCUGGACAGUGGGCUCGGAUGGACGGAUGGUAGUUUCCACCAGGGGGAGCUGUCGGGGGUGGAGACGGAGGAGGGGCUCGAGGAGCGCCACGGCAGGUCACCAUCGUCUGAGUCAUUCAUCUCGUCUGAACUGAGCGACUCAGGUUUUUACAGUGUCAGCACCGGCGAGUUCCUGCGCUUCCAGCGUCUGCUAGAGAAACGCAUGCGUCAUUACAACGCCCGCAUGCACCACCAGGGGGAGCCGUGCUCUCGCGAACGGCGCGACAGCCAGAUAAAACACCCCCUAGAGGCCAUCCCAGAAACGCUGACGGUGCAGCCUCAAAACGUCUGCACGCCCGUCCCGGGAUCGCGCGGUUUAUCCCGCGUGUCGUCCGUGCAGUACCGUAAGGUGGAGCGGCCAUGUUUGAACAGGCACAGCUCCAGCAGCGGCUCGCUGUUCAAUCCCGCACUGUACUCUACGUGCAGUAUGCCCUCCAGCCAGCGACGGCUGCCGCCUCAUCCGAGCUCUGCGGGAAUGCUGAGAAGAAGCAGGACGCUGCAUCACCGCCCUGCGCCCAUGGAGUACCGCAGACGGGCGAGUCACCCGGCCUCGCCUAACUACUGCAGCGGCACGCAGCAUCCCUGCGGCCACAGAGUUGACCUGCCCAUGAAUCUCCCUGAGGAGCCGGCACUUAUGCACACCGUCAGUCACCCGGCACACCCUGUUGUACUCCCCACACAGACUCUACACGCUACACAUGCAAUGAGUCAACCGUCCCUGAUCUCUCCAUUCGACGAGCACUGCUAUAUGCCUCCAGAACUCCAUGACAACAGCAGGAUCCGAGCAUCCACCGAACCGCAGCUACAGAAGAGCUUUGUGACCCAACAGACGCCCAACAACAGGUUCCACACCCUAAGUCACACGCCCAGUCAGGAUGCCAACGACACCUGGCCCAAACCCGCCAACCGUGCAGGCUCAGGUGGCGGAGGCGGUCUCUACAGCACCUUGGAGGGCCACACACCCACUGCUGCCAUCAGGAAACCAUCCAGCGGGAACCUGCGGGCCUUGCGAAACCAGAUGCUGCGGGAUAGAGCAUCCCGUCUGGCGGAUGAGCGUAGCGGCAUGAGCACGGACGAAGAGAGUCACAGUGAGGUCCGAAUGGGUCGUUACUGGAGCCGCACUGAGCGCCGCGAACACAUGCUGCAGAAACAGCGACAGCUGCAGGCCAGAAGUGGCGGUGGCGGCGGCGUAGCUGCGUCAGGAUUGGUGUAUAGUGGCGAAGUCGUGGGAGGAACUAACGGAGACAGUUGUAGUACCCUUCUUGAGCUAAGCCAGAGGAAACUAAGUCGCCUGAGGAACCGGAAGCUGCUGGAUGACUGGACCACCGUAGAGGAACUCCUGACGCACGGAACGCGCCUGGGCCCCAGCGGAGACACCCGGCAGCUGCCUACGUCGUUGCUCACUGUCACAACUGUAUAGCGACACCCACCGAGCGUGUGUUCAGAUUGACGUGUGUGU